AUUGUCCCGUAGGACAAGUUCUGGUGCGGUUUCGUUCGCGAUUAUUUUUUGUGGCUUAUCAUGAAUUUGUAGUGACUAUUAAUUGUUAAAAAUGAACCGCGGUUCGAGAGAGGAACUGCUUGGCAGUUCGCACGAGGCUGUGCGGAACAGCACAGUCGACCUGCACAGUUUCCAGGAGAAACCGUUGACGAAGGAAGAGAAGUCCUUCCUCUUAAACGCGGAUAGAGGAGACUACGUUACUGUCAAGAGGUUGAUAGAAGUGUACGCGAACAAGCCGGAAAUUCUCGACAUAAACUGCGUGGAUCCCCUCAACAGAUCAGCUCUCAUCGCCGCCAUCGAGAAUGAAAACAUCGAACUUAUUAAACUCUUGCUCGGUUCUGGGAUAAAAGUGAAGGAUGCAUUACUGCAUGCUAUCAAAGAGGAGUACGUGGAGGCUGUGGAAUUGCUACUGCAGUGGGAAGAGGAACACCAUGUACCCGGCGAGCCUUAUAGCUGGGAAUCCGUAGACGCGUCAGCGGCAACAUUCACGUCGGAUAUAACCCCUCUGAUCUUAGCAGCUCACCGUAAUCACUAUGAAAUAUUGAAAUUGCUGUUGGACAGAGGCGCCACUCUACCCGUGCCCCACGACGUCAAGUGUGGAUGUGACGAAUGCGUGAAAUCAUCUCUCGAGGACUCAUUAAGACAUUCCCAAGCUCGCAUCAACGCGUACCGUGCAUUGAGUUCUCCGUCCCUCAUCGCCCUCUCGUCCGCCGACCCUCUGCUCACCGCCUUCGAACUAUCUUGGGAACUGGGCAGACUAAGCCGCAUGGAAACUGAAUUUAGAAUAGAAUAUAAGACUCUUCGUCAGCAAUGCCAAGAAUUCGCCACUUCUCUUUUGGAUCACACGAGAACAUCUCAGGAGCUUGAAAUCAUGCUGAACUACAACCCCUGGGACUUUGACAGCUGGGAACCCGGUGAAAGACAAACGCUUGGUAGACUGAAGCUGGCUAUCAAAUACAAGCAGAAAAUGUUCGUAGCACAUCCGAAUGUACAACAAUUAUUGGGAACCAUUUGGUACGAAGGCUUGCCAGGAUUCAAAAGAAAGAGCAUUGUAGGACAAUGUGUACAGGUAGCUAAACUCGGCGCUAUGUUUCCCGUAUACUGCACGAUAUACAUGUUGGCACCGGAUUCCGAAUACGGCCAGUUCAUGAAGAAACCCUUCGUCAAGUUCAUCAGUCAUAGCUCCUCGUAUAUGAUGUUUCUAAUGUUACUGUCCCUGGCUUCCCAAAGAGCUGAAUAUUUAGUUCUGGAAUGGUCUGGUAUAUCAUGGUUGCAAGAGCUGGUCGAGUUCUGGAAAACCCGCGAACGAGGCUCCCUACCUGGUCUGAUAGAAUCCACCGUCAUCCUCUUCAUAGCAAGUUUAGUCUGGGGUGAAAUAAGAUCACUCUGGGAAAACGGACUCUUGGAAUAUUUGAGUGAUUUAUGGAAUAUAGUCGACUUUAUCACGAACGUGUUUUAUAUAGCUUGGAUAAGUUUGCGUUUUUCAUCAUGGUAUAUUGUACAGCGGGAUUACCAUAGCGGCAAGGAUCCUUGGUACCCAAGAGAACGCUGGGAUUCAUUCGAUCCGAUGCUGCUCUCGGAAGGCGCCUUCGCAGCCGGCAUGAUCUUCUCCUUCCUCAAGCUGGUCCACAUCUUCUCCAUCAAUCCCUACCUUGGGCCGCUCCAAGUGUCUCUCGGCAGGAUGAUCAUUGACAUCAUCAAAUUCUUCUUCGUCUACAUGCUUGUGCUAUUUGCCUUUGCAUGCGGUCUAAACCAGCUGAUGUGGUACUACGCUGAGUUGGAGAAACAUAAGUGCUAUCACCAUUCAUCUGGUGUUCCUGACUUCGAUACUCAAGAAAGAGCUUGUACUAUAUGGAGACGAUUUGCAAACUUAUUUGAAACAUCUCAAUCACUCUUCUGGGCAUCGUUCGGCUUGGUCGACCUCACUACCUUUGAACUAACUGGCAUCAAGAGCUUCACAAGAUUCUGGGCGCUACUGACCUUCGGCUCGUACUCCGUGAUCAACAUCAUUGUGCUCCUGAACAUGCUCAUUGCUAUGAUGUCUAACUCUUAUCAGAUAAUAUCCGAAAGGUCCGAUGUCGAAUGGAAGUUCGCUCGAAGCAACCUCUGGAUGUCGUACUUCGAAGACGGCGACACGGUACCGCCUCCGUUCAAUAUCAUCCCCACACCAAAACACGUGAACGGCUGGAUACAAAAGGUUUUUCAUAAUAAAGAAAGAGGAUCUAUUAUUAAUAAAUCACGUGAGAAGGCCCGUCAACAACACGAAGCAAUAAUGCGUAUCUUGGUUAGACGAUACGUGACAGCUGAACAGCGAGCUAGAGACGAAGUGGGAGUAACAGAGGAUGACGUUAUGGAGAUCAGGCAGGACAUAUCAACGCUACGCUUCGAGUUAAUAGAUAUUUUAGCCAACAACGGAAUGAAGACACCAAGGAUCAAUAUUCAAGAUACUACAAUAUCGGGCAAGAAAGGGAAAGUGAUGGAAAGGAGGAUCCUGAAGGACUUCCAUAUUGGCAUCGUGGAAGGAAUAAUAAAGGACGUGAUAUCGAAGGAGAGUAAGCCUAAGGACGUGUUCAGUCAGAUCGCAAAAGCUAUUGUGAGACGAGGAAGUGAAAAUGACAAAAAGAAAGACUGGAACGCCCAAGUGCGCAGAAGUACGAUACGAAGGGAUCCCAUCGGUACAACUGCAGAAGCUGCAACAAAGCGCAGCAGACAAUCCCUUAGAGCUCAUAUCUUGGACAACGUGUCAGCUAGGACUAUUGAUCCUCAGAAACUCUUGCAAUUCAAUCCAAAUCUAUCUUCGGUGACACCGACCGCACGAGUCGCAUACGCCAAGUUCAUGAGAAGCAAGAUCAAGUCUGACUUUACUGAAACGGAAAGCAAACCAGAAGAUGAAGAAGGUGCUGAAGGUGGAGCAGCCGAAGCUAAGGAGUCUGGAUCUCAAGAAGCUGGACCUAAAGAAGUAAAGAAAGAUGGUCCACCUGUCCGUGGAAAAACACCAAUACCCGAAAAACCAGAAGAGGAAAAUUCAGAGGCAAAGAAAAUAAAAGUAGAGGCUGAUAUCGAAAAUAAAGGUUCUCAAGCUAAAUCCCAAGAACUAAAACAAUCGAAGGCGCCACCUAAAGAAGCGUCUAAACCUACUGAACCGUCAGCUUCUAAAUCCAAUAAGGAAACCACACCUCAGAAAAAAACCGAAUCAAAAGACCAUGUCAUUCAAAUAGAGGAACCAGAAUCACCAACCAGUAGUUUAUACAUGACUAAAGAAGAAGAUAAGAAUCUGCAGAAGCCCAUCUCCCCUACCCCAAGUGGACCGUCAGAGCAAAUUCUAUCAGCGUCUACUCUAGAAUCCGAUCAACAGAAGGAAUCAAAAACUCCAUCUGUUACAAUUACAGUUGAAGAACCGAAGAAGGAUGAAGAUCCAAAGGAACCUAAGAAGAAAGAGCCUAAGCCCAAGGAGAGUCCAGGACCGUCCAAGCUAAGUCCAUCGCCGGCUGCCCCCAAGCCAGGCAUAGUCACUGACAAAGGAAAAUCUAAAGUAACUGGUAAAAUAGUUUCAGGAUGGCUUUAGGUCAUGACAAAAUAAUCACACAAUAACGUGAUAUAUGUAUUUACAAAAUUUACUAUUUUUUAAACGUAGAAUUUUUCUAAUUUUCUUUCUCUUAUGUAACUCUUAAUAAGUAUAUUUAAAGUUAGCUAAGUGCCUUAACUACGAUUUCAUUUUGUCAUUUACAUGGUUCACUUUUAUGAAUAUCAAUCUAAUGUUUUUGCAUUAUUCAAAUCUAAUUAAACGAAACAAUAGUAUAUAAUUAUUAACAAAAAUACAAAUAUAACAUACCAUGCUAGGCUAGGAUCCGUUCAUUCGUGCAUAAACAAAACACAUAUAAUAAUAGUUUAAUGGUAUAAUUAUUGUAUAAGCAUUUAACUCAUCAAAUACUCACUAAAUUAUACUUAAUUAUAUUGUCCUCUAAACUUUAAAAAAAGGUGUAUUUAGGUCAAAAUCGGAUUAACUAAUUUCGCGCUUCAACGCUCAUUGGUCGCCUAUUACGUCGCACGCAUCUACCAAUUACGAUUGUUAUUAGUCAAAUUGACAUUAAGAGUCGAAACUCGAAUUGAAAUGAAAUAUACAUACAUCUCGAAAGACCAUGUCUAAACGCGCCAAAAAUCUUUUGAAGGGAAGUUACUAUCAAAGCGAAAUAGUGUGGCAAAUUACAUCUCAAAAUCCAGAAGUACUAAGUUCGUUCAUUACUUUUUUUUCUUUUCUUUUUGUUUCAAAAACAGAAAUCGUUUAAAUUAUUUCAUAAAAUACGUAAAAGCUUCGAUAGAUGUUCAUGAUAACAACGUCACCAUUAAUCAAAUAUUUGAAUUAUUACUUUUUGUAAGCUUAUAUUUAGCAUGUAGUAUGGCAACACAACUAUAAUUGGUAUAAUAUACAGUUACCCUAAAAUAUUUACAAGUUUAUUAUUUCAAUAAAUAAUCACUUUCUUUUUUCGGAUUUCGUCUUUUUUUUUAUUGCGGUCAUUUCCCAUUAUCCUAAUAAAACUUGCGUCACUAACAUACGUUUACGUAGUACGAGCAAAAAUGUGUAUGCGCAAGCUCACACUAACUCCCAAUUCAAAGCCCGAGGCGCGAAAGAGAAAGUCGGUUCGGCGGUGCGGGUUAGAUUUUACAAAGAAAAUUAAGUCUAUUAAAAAGUUAUAUUAUAUAGUAUAUGUAUUUUAUUUAGUUAAGUUUAUAUACAUAGUUUCAUUGGUUUGUUCAAAGUUUUCAAUUAAUACGGUGUUUUUUUUGUGAUAUUUCGAGGUCUGUUUGAGAUUUUUGUCAUCGAGUUUUUUUAGGAAUAAAGUUAUUACAAAUAUAGUACUUAGUAUAUUUGCUUUGCUAUAUAUUUUUUACGAAAUGAUUCAUUCAUGAAACUAAGCCAUUUAACGUUAUAUCGACUCUUAAUAAACUUAACGUGAGGAGGU